AUGCAUCUGCUACUAUUCGAUAGCUUACUCUCUGACAAGUACGUUGCAGAGGUUGGACGACGUCUCAACCACAAUGGCAACCUAUACCCUGUUCACCGACUUGACAUGGAUACCACUGGUGCCCUGCUUCUUGGUCUGACCGAAGCGCGUACGCGCGACCUCAGUGCCCAGUUCCGCAAUCGGACCGUUAAGAAGACGUACCUCGCCCUCGUUCACGGCGGCAUCGACGCUUUCUCCUCAAUCUCUGGGCAGAUACGCGAGCCAAUAUUCCUGCGUGAUGGCCAGCCAGUGCAUCACUCACGGGCGAACGCUCGGUGCGAGAUGAAGGAGGCGGCGACCGACUGGGAACUGCUAGGUUCAUCUAGUAUAGCACCGCUGUCUGUCCUGAAGCUCAAGCUCCUGACGGGCUAUAAGCAUCAACUGCGCGUGCAUCUUGCGCAUAGGCUGAAGACGCCCAUCUUCGGCGAUGCCUUGUACUCGCCCAAGACCGGGUCUGUAGAGCUCGCACGGGUCGUCACCCACAGCCCAGAGCGCAUGUUUUUGCAUUCCGCAGAGUUGGGCAUCCACCGCUACCGCAGUGAAGGGCCCACCAAGGGCAAACGCUACGAGCUGAAUGUCUGCGCGCCUCUGCCUUCCGACUUCCUGCAGGUAUGCCGGCAGGCGCAGAUAGUUGUUCCCGAACACUUCCUGGUCGGUGGGACGUUCGAAGACGGAAAGAGGGUAGAGCCGGAGCCUAACCCUUUCACGACUGAAGAGACUCCAAGAGAGAGUGUAGUCGGUCGGUCGCAGUAG